AUGUUGCUGCUGUUCACACCUCCCCGGCUUGUUCCCACCCGCAAACGCGGCUGUGUGCAGCGCUAUCGCAUUUGCGUUGAGCAUCGCGACGCAAUGUCGGUCGUCUUGAAGGGCCAGGAACAGCGGUUCUGCCAACAGUGCGGCACUUUCCACCCGAUCUCCAAGUUCAACGGCUCACGCCGUUCCUGCCGCGACCGGCUGCGCAAGCACGCCAUCCGCCGGCGCAAGUGCAGCGACGGCAGCCGGCCCGCCAGCUGGCACUGGGAGGAGGAGCUCGCAGGUGCGCUCGGCUGCGCCGUGCUGUUUCCCUGUUGCACUGCUGCUUGGUGGCUGCCUGUCAUACCAGGUUAG